AUGGCACAAUCUGCAUCAAUGAAACAAAUAGGCGCACGCCAUAUGAAUGGUGCUGUACAUAUAAUGGAAUGGAGUAAUAAAAUGGACUUAAUUGCUUAUGGAACAGAAAAAGGUGAAGUGACAGUGCAGCGCUUAAAUUGGCAGAAAAUUGUCAUAUUUCCUCCACCGGGCGAAGAUGUUAAAGUAAGAUCAUUAAGUUGGCAACAUGAUGAAACAAUAAUAGCUGUUGGUUACAGCAACGGUGAAGUUUCCUUAUUGGAUGCAGAGCGUGAAGAAUCAAUUUCUACCUUAAAAUACGAUGAGGAUAUUAAAAAAGUAUAUUUUAGUAAGGCCAUUAAUAUCGCAGACUAUCGGACUGUCUAUCGAAACAAAGCGGAGUUAGCAUUUGAUUUCUUUUUGCCGCCUUUGCCUCCUUUAAAUAACUUAGGUAUUUCUUCAAAGUCUCAAGAACAUAAAUCAUUUGCCAAAGGCUCACCUUGCUUUCUGGUAGUGAUUUUAAAAAGCGGAAAAAUUUUUUUGCUGUUUUUGGGUGCAUUAAAGGCUGGGUCUAUAGAUAUGUCUCAACAUGUAUCCUACCCUGAUGAUUUUGAAAUUUUUGAUGCACGUCUCAGCGGUGAUUUCAACGCAAUGUAUGCUUUAGUUCGAGACGGUGACAAAAUCAAAGUACUGCAUUUUUGUAAUGCUAUAUUGAAGGAAUACAUAUCACCUAUGAUGCACUUGGCAAUGCAUUGUGCCAAUAUUCUAGAAACAAAAAACUAUAUAAACAACACUAUACAAUGCAUACUAGAGGCUUGGGAGACGGUGCUUUUAGAAAUGGACAAUAAACUUACCAACUAUGCAAAUGAACAACCGGCUACUUCAUUGUCCGCAGAUUUUCUAGAAUUGUUGGUGUUUGGUUAUGCUACUCAUGAUAUUGAGGAAUUUCUAAUGCAAGAUUUAACCGAAAAGGGAAUCAAAAAGCUGCAAACAUCUGUAGAUUUAAGCUAUUCUACUAUACAAAGCCUAGUAACGAAACCUUUACAAAGUGCGGCCAUUAAUAUGUUUUAUUUCCUAAAUACGAUAAAGGGUUUAGCCCGAAUGUCCUAUUAUUUUGAGCCCUUGAUUGUACCUGCCACGGCUGAGGAAGCUUUACGCCAGUGUGGAGCAUUGCUGAUGAAAAUAUUAGAAUUGCAACAAGUAGUAGACCAGUCGGUGAACGAUAUGAAACUAUUUUUCUCUUGGCUCUGUGUGGUAAUUGUACGUUUACAUCAACAAGAUAUACCCGAAGAUAUGCCACAAUUAAGUACUCAAGACACGAUAUAUCUCGCAGAAUAUCUCAAUAGUAUUGAGGAUAGCGUUAUAGAGAACGACGAUGGAUCGGUAACCAAAAGAAAAUUUAAUUUGGAAAAGGUCGGACAAUAUUUAGAGGAUAAGCCCUUACAGCAAACCGUAAAGAGUGAUGUGCAUCAUUUAUGGCAGAAACUUCUAGAGAAGAACGAGUGUUUAUAUAAUUGUUCACUCUUAUAUCCACAUGAAAAGCAACUUUCACUGAUACAGCAAAGAGAUAAAAUGUUUAUUUCUAUUGAUGCGGUAUUUGAAAAGCCCAAUUCCAGUAUCACUUCAGAAUUUCAAUUGGAUUUCAUAUGCACAUGCUGUUCACUGCCACUCGAGUAUAGUAGAUCUGUGGAUUUUAUAAAAUUUUCUUUUUUAGCUGGGAAUAAAAGGGGAAGCGAUCUAAUGGCUAUCACUACAGACUGGCAGAGUUGCUUGCUAAUGGAAUUUGAUCAAAAAUUUUCACAACUGUCAUGCGUUAUAAUUCAUCUAAAACCGGGUCCCUUUACAAAAGAGCUCCCUCUACCUUUAAAUAAUUUACAAUUUGUCGAUUUGCAAUUUUAUAAUGAGGAAGUGUUGUCGUUAUUGCUGCUCCAGGACAAUGAAGAAAAACAGCAAAGCUAUUUCAUGCAAUUCUCAUUGGAACUGAUGCGCGAGAAAUUCACUUUACAUUUAUUGCCUCAAAACUUGAACUUGCAAGAGAUAUUAUUGCCACAAAGUAUUUUCGAUUUUGUAGAUUUUUGCCAGUUUCGAGGAAUGGAUACCAUUUGUACCAGUUUAGCGGUUUCAGGAUCAAGAAAGGUUGCCUCCAUAUUAUCAGACAAAAACAAAAAAAUAGUCAUGUUUGAAAUGGAAAUUGAAGAUGAUGAUGACGAGCUUGAAAUAUCGCAGAAUUACUGA